CCCCCACAGCCAGUUACAUGGAAGUCUCUUGCUGUCACGUUUGCGUUGGAAGCGGGUCUUCUUCUAGGGAUGAAAUACUUCAAGAGAAAAAAAGAGCAAAUGAUUGAGAGAGAACGAACAAAGUCGAUGGGAAAAGCGGCGCUCGGAGGUCCUUUCUCACUCGUCGACCACAACCAUAAACCCACAAGGCGAAAGAAUUUCCUCGGCCGGUGGCUGCUGAUCUUCGGUUUCACACACUCGGACAUCUGUCCUGAUGAACUGGAGAAAAUGAUUGAGGCUGUCGAUGAGAUCGAUAGAAUUAAAGCGAUUCCAGACAUAACACCACUUCUGAUCAGCAUCGAUCUGACAGAGACACACCAGAGAAGCACUGGCAGCCUAUGUCAAAGAAUUUUCCCCAAGCUGAUCGGUCUGACAGGCACGCUGCAGAUUGAGCAGGUCUCCAGAGCCUACAAGUCUACUACCAGCCAGGGCCCAAAGAUGAGGACAAACGGCUACAUUGUUAGUCACACCAUCAUAAUGUAUCUGGUGGGACCUGAUGGCCAGUUUCUCUUGAAUAUUUUAAGACAGAACAAGAAAUCCUCUGAGAUCUGGAAAUCAUCCAUAGCUGCCCACAUGAGGAAGUACAAGUAUGGCAAAUGGUGA